AUGUUCAAAACCCCAAAAACCCUUACCAGUUGCCAUCAUCAAAAUCACAGAAUCAAAAUGCCUCCUUCUUGUCAAGCUCUCUCCUUUCUAUCACCUCUUCUUCUUCUUUCUUCACCUUCUCAUUCCCUCUCCUCCAAAACUACAAUUCCUACAUUUUCCCUUCCCAUUUUGCCCCUGCCCAGUUCCAGAAAUCCCCUCCCUGUCCUCUUCUGCACUUCUCCAAAACAGCAACAAGAAGAAGCAUUUCUCCAAUUCGUAGCGGAGUCUAAAGGAAAGACCCUCCCUUGCGUUAGGACCUUUGAGAACGACUUGGCUCGGCUCAGCUUAGUAGGCGCCGUUGGCUUCGAGCAGGCUCUCACUGCAGCUGCAGCCGAUGGAGGCCGGGCCGCGGCUGAGCACAUUGAUUCCGGCAUGCCCACCAUGGUCGUUGAGACGAUUUUCCCAGGGCCCGGGGAUGAGCACGCCACCAUUUCUACUCGAUUGUUUUUACCUGCUAAGAAAGUUAAAGAAAAAGCGGGCAAAUUCAGAAGUUCUUACACUGAAGAUAUUUUCUCUGGGACUACGUCUCAAAACAUACUUGCCAUGACAUUUAGACAAGUGGUUUUGCAACAGCUGUGGAAUUUUGAGCUCGUUGUGUUAAGGCCUGGGACAAAGAGAAACAUGGAGGAUCUUCAAAACCCAAGAGAGCAGGUUCCUGCAUCUUUCUUUCUCAGGUCAUCAAAAGAAGAGGUUAUUUCUGUGCUUGCAGAAGCUGUUUGCAUAGCUGCUCUUCAAGACACUGAAGGGCAUUUCCUUGAUGAUUUUUUGGGGAAAACUUCUAGUGGUAUCUCCCGCUGGUUUCAGAAGCCCAAGAGAAUUGUGUCCAAGGACUCUGCUGUUGUCAUUUAUAAAUUAUUUGAAGAUGAAAUAGUAGAGAAUGCCAAGAGUUUGCUAGCAAAUUUUAAUUCAACCAAGGAAAGUUUCAGAGGAAUAAAAAAGAGAAACAAGUACAAUUGGUGGACACUAGUGGCACACUCUAAGUUGGAAAAAAUUGGUGGGCCUGACUUCAGUGCAUGGACAAGUGAGUAUGUACCAGCUUAUAGGCUACAAAUUAAUGCUGAUAAAGUUAAGGAUGUAAAAUUUGAAGGAUGGAGAAGAUCUGCAGAGAAUAGGUGGGAAGUUCUUUUGACCCAUUCCCAAAUGGCUGGAUUGGCUGAAAUAUUAGAUAUGUACUAUGAAGACGUUUACUCGUUGCCUGAUAAAGAGUUAUCAUGUCAUGCCAUUACAAAGUUUACCAACUUUUCCAAUAAAAAGAGGAGCUCUUCUUUGCUGAACAUCUUGUCGGCUAGCCUUGCAAGUGGAAUUUUUCUCAUUACCAUCACUGCUCUCAGACAGUUUAGUUUUCCUCAUAUACGCAAAGGAGAAAUGUACGCUCAAGAACAUAGGUCACCUCCAUCAUCUGAAAUUAAGUUUGCAGUAAAUGAAUCUCAGGAUGCUGAAAAGUUGCAAGGAUUUUGCGUUCUGAUCGUCAAAAAGAUUAAGGAUGCAUUUGGCUGGCCUGGCAAUAUAAUAACAGAAACAGAUAAUGGUGCUUGGAUUGGAGAUGUUCCAAAAUACUUGAAAGUUAUGGGCAAAUCUGAAUCCACUAGGGAAGAAAAUUCAACUUCUGCUCCUGAACAGAAAAUUGAUGAAGAUAUGAAAUCAUCUGCACAGGAUAUUGCUAGUUAUCAGGUUGUUCUGUCAACUGAUGGUAAAAUAGUAGGGUUCCAACCUACAAGUCGGGUAGCUGUGAAUCAUUGGGCUUCCAAUCCCUUGGCAAGUGAGCUGUAUGGUGGACGAAAGCUAUCCCCUGGCUUUAUUGAACCCAGCCACAAGAUCCGCCUUCCAAAUGAAAUAGUUGUAAUAGAGCUGUUGAUGUCAGUUAAUUUGAAUGCCUGCUUUGCAUUGGCAAGGCCAGUUCGGUGACCAUUACCUGAUGCAUGUGAAUAUCAUGUAUGCAGCUUUUGGACACUCCAUAGAGAAGGGAAGGGAAAUUUAAAUUGCUAGAUCGGAUACUUAUCUAAAAACUAACAAAAUUUUAUAUGGAUCGCAACUGACAAGCCCCCAAAUUUAUAAGUCUUCAGUCU